AUGGCAGUCCCAAUACUGCUGCUGCUACUACUGCUGCUGCUCUGCGCUGGAAGCGACUCCGUCGGAGUGGAGUUGACCCAAUUGGAUGAUUUGAUGGCUGUGCCCACAAAAGACCUGCCACAGAUGCAGCUGUGGCUGCGUUUGCGGCAUCAGCAUGGGGACGCCGCCAAUGUGUAUGUCCAGUGGUUUCUGCAUCGCUCCCAGCUGCCCCUAAUCGUGCGUGGCUACGAGGCGGAUGAGGAUCAGUGGCUGGACGAUCCCCUCGGCCGAGAGAAUCUGGUGCUGGUCAUGACACUGGCGGAGCUUAUCUCGAAUCGUGGUGCAGCCGGGCCCAGUCAGCGCGCCGGCGUCUUCCUUUACAUACUGGCCGAUCAGAGUGAGGGACUCACGAUGGAGCAGCAGCUCCAGCUGGAGGAGAGCUGCCGAUGGCUGUGGAUGCGCCACAAGAUCUACAAUCGCUACAUCCUCUCCCUGGAAGGCAUCUGGAUCUACGAUCCGUUCCAGCGCAGUGGACAGGCCUUUGGUCGCCUUGUCACCUACUCGGGCCACGAGCCGCUGUCCAAACAUCUCUUCCACGACAUGGCCGGCUAUCCGCUGCGCGUGCAAAUGUUCAAGUCCGUCUUCACGCGGCCGGAGGUGGACCCGGAUACGGGCCUGCUGGUCAGUGUGACGGGCGUGGACUUCCUGGUGGCCCAGAUGCUGCGGGAGAAACUCAACUUUACGCUGCUGCUGCAGCAGCCGGACAAGAACUACUUUGGCGAGCGCAGUGCGAAUGGCAGCUACAACGGCGUCAUCGGUUCGAUCAUCCAGGAUGGCCUGGACAUCUGUCUGACGGGAUUCUUCGUGAAGGACUAUCUGGUGCAGCAGUACAUGGACUUCACGGUGGCCGUCUACGACGACGAGCUGUGCAUCUAUGUGCCCAAGGCGCACCGCAUACCCCAGUCCAUACUGCCCAUCUUUGCCGUCGGCUAUGACAUCUGGCUGGGCUUCAUCCUCGCCGCCUUUGGCUGCGCCCUGAUCUGGCUGCUGCUGCGCCUGAUCAAUCUGCGCCUGAGGAUUGUCAAGCUGCGGAAUUCCGUCUGCAGGCAGGCCCUGGGCAUCAUGGUGGACACGUGGGUGGUUUGGGUGCGCGUGAAUCUGUCGAGGCUGCCCUCGAGCUAUGCGGAGCGCAUGUUCAUUGGGUCGCUGUGCCUGGUGAGCGUGAUCUUUGGGGCCAUCUUCGAGUCGAGCCUGGCCACGGUGUACAUCCAUCCGCUGUACUACAAGGACAUCAAUACGAUGCAGGAGCUGGACGACAGUGGCCUGAAGGUCAUCUACAAGUACAGCUCCAUGGCGGAUGAUCUGUUCUUCAGCGAAACGUCGCCGCUCUUUGCCAGCCUCAACAAGAAGUUAUCCUGGAAUCACGACCUGUAUGCGGAUGUCAUCGAUGAUGUGGCCCGGAAUGGGGGCAAGGCUGGCGUCUCUCGCUACAACUCCCUCAUGCUGGAGUCCUCGCUGUUCAUGCUGCUGCGCCGCAUUUGGGUGGUGCCCGAGUGCCCCAAGUACUAUGCCAUUUCCUAUGUGAUGCCGCGCGACUCGCCCUGGGAGGAUGCCGUCAAUGCGCUCAUCCUGCGGCUUCUCAACGCCGGCCUCAUCGUUAAGUGGAUCGCGGACGAGAAGUCCCGCGUCAACAUCCAGAUGCGCGCCCGCACCCUAGAGGCCGAGGCCGAGGCCGAACUCGCGCGUGUCCUCACCAUCGGUGACCUUCAGCUGGCCUUCUAUGUCGUCCUCGGUGGCAAUCUGCUGGCACUUCUCGGCUUCCUGCUGGAGCACCUCUGGCGCAGAGUCAUCCAGGGGGUCGCCAAGUGA